AUGAGGUUGAAUGCCAAUACCUUGCUGUUGGGGAAGAAGGUGGUGCUGGUGCCCUACACCUCAGAGCAUGUGCCCAGGUACCACGAGUGGAUGAAAUCAGAGGAGCUGCAGCGGCUGACCGCCUCUGAGCCGCUAACCCUGGAGCAGGAAUACGAAAUGCAACUCAGCUGGCGGGAGGAUUCGGACAAGUGCACCUUCAUUGUGCUGGAUGCAGAAAAAUGGCAGGCCCAGCCGGACACCUCUGAAGAGAGCUGUAUGGCGGGUGACGUGAACCUCUUCCUCACAGACCCGGGGGACCCUACCAUGGGGGAGAUCGAAGUCAUGAUUGCGGAGUCCAGCUGCAGAGGCCGGGGGUUUGGCUCUGAGGCUGUCCUCAUGAUGAUGUUUUAUGGAGUGACCAGGCUAGGACUGACCAAGUUUGAGGCUAAAAUCGGGCAAGGAAAUGAACCAAGCAUCCAUCUGUUCCACAAACUCCACUUUGAGCAGGUGGCGGUGAGCAGUGUCUUCCAGGAGGUGACGCUCAGGUUGACCAUGAACGAGUCAGAGCAGCAGUGGCUAGUACAGCAGACCAGCCACGUGGUAGAGAAGCCAUACCGAGCCCGGUCAGCAGAGCCUCACUGA